AGCAUUCCUAGAAGUGAUCGGCCUCCCAUCACAUGCUUGGCUGUUGGGAUGAACAAGGUUGUCACCACACAUAAUAGUAGGUACAUCAGAUUGUGGAAAUUCAAGAAAUGAGUGAACAAUGCUGAUUUUCCAUUUAAGAGGUCAUCGAUCAGGACAUAUCCAUAUGCACAUAAGCACCAGUCCAAAAGAGAGAAAAAAAAAAGUAGGUGUUGUUGCGUAUGAGGAGCUGAGCCGAAUUUGCAGUUCAAGAUGGAUAGAGAGAAGCCAAUAUUCAAUGCUCCACUUGGUCACAAGCUCAAGCAACUAUGCCCACAAAAUGCUCCUAUGGAAUCUUGACGUAUUUAGCUUGUUCUUGUUCUUGUUCUUUCAAUAUGGGAUCUCAUGCCAUACAAAAUGACCUUUACCUUUAUCUCAUGCCUAGAUAUAUGUAUUUCUUUCUUGAGCAAUCCAGGACAAGUUAGUUCCAAAUGUACAAGUUUGUGAUCCCAUGAACCAAAAAAAAAAACUGAAUUUUUCACAUUUUUUUUUAUAAAAAUCCUCUCAAGACUGGUACAUUUUAACGUUGAAUAUCUUUCAAUUCUUGCUAGACAAAAAGAUACUAAAAUAAACGUUGAAAGAAAAAACCGAAUGCAGAACUGCAAAGGCAAAGCCUAUAAAUAUACAGGAUUUCCAGAACUAAGCGAAACGAUUUGUCUCCUUCGGACUGCUUGAUCGGCUGAUCCUCCUCUUCAGCACGAAAUUUCCCAAAUCCAAAAACCACCGUACAAACCCUAAUCCUAACACCUCGUAAAAUCAACCCACUAGAAUCAAGACCGACCCAAAAAUGGUGUGCAUACGCAAAGCCACCAUAGAUGACCUCUUGGCCAUGCAGACCUGCAACCACUUAUGCCUCGCGGAGAACUUCCAGAUGAAAUACUACCUCUACCACAUCCUCUCGUGGCCGCAGCUCCUCUACGUGGCUGACGACAAUAACGGCCACAUCGUCGGCUACGUACUGGCGAAGGUGGAGGAGGAGAGCAACGAGUGCCACGGCCACAUCACCUCCCUAGCGGUGCUCCGCACCCACCGCAAGCUCGGCCUGGCCACGAAGCUCAUGAACGCGGCACAGAACGCCAUGGUGCAAGUGUUUGGAGCCGAGUACGUGUCGCUUCACGUGAGGAAGAGCAAUAGGGCGGCCUUCAAUCUGUAUGCGGAGACGUUAGGGUACAAGAUUCAUGAUGUGGAGGCCAAGUAUUAUGCGGACGGGGAGGAUGCCUAUGAUAUGAGGAAGAAGUUGAAGGGGAAGCAGAUUCAUCACCAUCCUGAUCAUGGACGGCAUGUGCAUGGGCACCAUCAUGAGCAUGGUGGUGGGUGUUGUUCUUCGGCGGAGGCGGAGGCGAAGGUGAGCGGAAAGAAGGAAACGAAGGCUACGUAAUAAAUUUAAUCGAUCAUUUGGGGAAAUUGGUGUUAUUGGGAUUUUGGCGUUUGGUACUUGGUUAAUGUCUUUGAUACAGCAUAUUAAUGAAAACGUCUUGGCGUUUGGCCAUUUCCUCCCACAUAUAUCUGAUUAUUCAACAAAAUAUGAGAUAAAAGUUAAAGAUCUUGUGAUACUGUUGAGGAAGAAAACUUCGUGUGGAAGGAUCAAGAAACAAAGGAGCUUUUAGUCCACGUGAAA